AUUAAUUCUGAUCUGCUUUUAAUAUGGUAUCAAAGAUGCCUACUUCACAAGUCAUAGGUUUAAUUUUGGUUGCAAGAAGUUUGUGUCAAGGUUUAAAAUGCAAUAAUCCUUUUUUAUUGAGUUAGCUUCUCAAGAGCAAGUUAAAUUUAGUAUGUUUCUGAUCAAUAUUCUCAAUUAACUACUUGAUUCUAAGUAUCAUGAGAAAAAGUAAAAGCAUUCAGCUUUGAUAAAACUUACUAGAAUAAACUCUUUAAUUUAUGUUAAAAAAUUUUAUGAUCAAAAUUUAUAAGAUAAACUCUCAUUAAAAACAUUUUAAUUAAGUUUUGUUCUUAAUUGUAGUAAAAUCCAAAUAUAAUUAGAGGAAUGUUAACAACAUAUUAUUUAAUACACUUUUCAUUGAUGGUUAAUAUUUAUUAAAAAUUAAAAGAAUAUGAAAGAAGAAUAAUAAUUUAAAAGUGAAAAAGAGUGAGACUUGUAUACUUUUUUUUAUAAAUUUUAGAAAAUUAUGUUAUAAAGAGUAUAUUGUUUAGUGUAUUUAAUCUGUUUAAUCUGCUGUGAUUAUUCCAAACUAUCAAAUACCAAUUUCCCAUGCCGUGUGAGUGGUGAACACAUUGAAAGGUACACAGAUGGGGGCAAUGGCUCUCUCUUCAAUAUGACUAACAGAGAAUAUGAUGGCUUAGUUUGUGAGCGGUGUGAUUCAUGUGAAAUUUCUUGUAUGACCCCACACCAGUAAUCUUUGUUGAUGUUCCAAUUUUCUCUCUUCAAGCCUUUCAGAAGCUAUGUAUGAAUGUUCGUGUUCCACUUCAACCAUUCAAGAACUAUAUAUGUAAGUCCAACUGUGGGAAAGAAAGCUGCAAGAUAUUUGAUUGUGUGAUUACGCGUGGUGACAAUGUGCUUGACUUUGAAUUCUAAUUAAAUCAUUUCACGGAAAUGAGUUAGACCAAAUCAAACCUUAUCUCAUAAAAUAUUUAAAUGAAAUAAAUUCUAAAAUUACUUAAGAUAAAGUUAAUCCUCAUUAAAUCUUUUAAAGUAUAUACAAAAUAUGCAACGGUUUAGACAUUAGUUGCAUUCAUUAUAUAAUCAUGAUAUUUUUACAUAUAAUGGAUCGAAAUAUUACUUGCAAUUUUAACAAAAUUUAACCCCAGACAUGUAAACAAUAUCCUUCACCAGAAACAAUUUUAUUCGAGCUCAAAACAUUCACAACAUGACAAUUAAAUUUUUUCACAGAUAAGACUGAACCCCGGAACAUCAUUUAAGGAAUCAAACACUUAAAACUUGAAUUAACUACCCGUCGGUUAGUACUAGAAAUUGAAAUGAAACAACAAAAAUAUGUCAAACUUGUUAUUACGUGUAAAUUUUGUGGACCACUUUCUUAAUUGGUCCACUCUAUAACCACACAAACUUUCAAUGUUAUUCAGACAGUGACUGUGAACCACAAUAUUCAAGUCUGCGGUCCUUUUAGCAACACGGAUUAUAAAGAAACAAAACCCCUAAACAACGAAAUUUAGUGUCAUUGAAAGUUCUACUGGAACUCUUAUGAAUUUCAGCAUUUAUAUAAUCAAGUUAACAUUUAGUAUUCAAAGGUCCAACCACACAUUAGUGACUCUUCAUCGCUCAGCAAUGCAAUUGUCCACCCUUUUGAGUUUUGUGCACCAGCUGAUUCCAUUAUGGCUCAUGCAUGGUUUCAAAUUGUUGUAAAUUUUAUUGUCCUAGCUUCUAUAUUAUAUUAAUAUAUAGUAGUUCAAGCUUUCCUUCUUUUUAUUUUAAUCUCUAACUCUCAAGCUUUGUACUCAAUGAAGUUUACUCUUUUUUUAAUGAGAAUCAUAGUUUAUAUACUAUUUAUCCCUUCCAUAAUAGUUUCCACACCAGCAUACACAUCUUCUAUUUCUCAAUCUCAGUCCCUCAGAUAUGGAAACACCAUAGUUUCCAAACAAGAAACCUUUGAACUUGCCUUUUUUGAUCUAGGAAAUCCAAACAAAAUCUACCUCGGUAUUCGGUAUAAGAGUAUUCAAACUCAAAACGUUGUUUGGGUUGCAAAUGGUGGCAACCCAAUCAAUGACACCACAGCCAUCUUGACACUAAACUGCUCUGGCAGUUUGGUCCUCACACACAACAAAAUGGUUGUUUGGUUCACGAAUUCUCCACAAAAAUUGCAUAAUCCAAUAGCGGAGCUAUUAGAUUCUGGCAAUCUUGUGAUCAGAGAGAAAAACGAAACAGACUUAGAGAAAUUUCUGUGGCAAAGUUUUGACUACCCUUCUAAUACAAUGUUGGCAGGGAUGAAAAUUGGAUGGGACCUUAAAAGGAAAAUAAAUAGGAGUCUCGUUGCUUGGAAGAGUGACAAUGAUCCAACACCAGGAGACUUAUAUUGGGGUAUUAUGUUGCAUAGUUAUCCUGAGAUUUAUAUGAUGAGGGGCACAGAGAAAUACCAUAGACUUGGACCAUGGAAUGGCAUGAGGUUCAGUGGUAUGCCAGAAAUGAGGCCUAAUCCUGUUUUUAAUUACACAUUUGUCUCCAAUAAGGAUGAGGUUUAUUACAUGUGGACACUUCAGACUCAUUUAAUAACAAAGGCGGUGCUUAAUCAAACAAGUCUUGACCGUCCUCGCUAUGUGUGGUCAGAGGCUGAAAAACAAUGGAACUUUUAUUCCACUAUGCCAGGAGGAGAAUACUGUGACAAGUAUGGCGCUUGUGGGGUCAAUACAUAUUGCAGUACUACUGCAUCACCGAUGUGUGAGUGUUUAAAAGGGUUCAAGGCUAAGUCUCCUCAAAAAUGGAACUCAAUGGAUUGGAAAGACGGCUGUGUCCUCAAACAUUCGUUGAAUUGCAAAAAUGAUGGGUUUGUACUAUUGCAAGGGUUGAAAGUGCCAGAUACUAAAUACACAUUUGUGGAUGAGGCUAUUGAUCUAGAGCAAUGUGCAACCAAGUGCUUGAAUGAUUGUUCUUGCAAGGCAUACACAAAUUCUAAUAUAAGUGGAGCAGGUAGUGGCUGUGUCAUGUGGUUCCGCGAUCUAAUUGACAUCAAACAAUAUCCAGAUCCAAACAAUGGGCAACCCUUAUAUAUAAAGUUGCCUGCUUCAGAAUUAGAUUCUGCAAGGCACAAAAGGAACUCUAAAAUAAUACUUGUUACCUCAGUGGCUGCAGCCUUGGGAAUGCUUUUGCUUGGUAUUUAUUUUGUCUACAGAAGGAACAUAGCUGAAAAGUCAGAGGCAGAAAAUAACUAUGAAAAUUAUGUGGAUGAUCUGGAUCUCCCAUUGCUUGAUUUGUCAAUAAUUAUUGCUGCCACUGAUAACUUCUCAAAGGAGAAAAAGAUUGGGGAAGGCGGUUUUGGACCUGUCUAUUGGGGAAAAUUAACAAGUGGACUAGAAAUUGCUGUGAAGAGGCUUUCAAAGAGCUCAGGACAAGGAAUGUCUGAGUUUGUAAAUGAAGUCAAAUUAAUUGCAAAACUUCAACAUCGAAAUCUUGUGAAGCUUUUAGGCUGUUGCAUUCACAAACAAGAAAGAAUGUUAGUUUAUGAAUAUAUGACUAACGGCAGCCUAGACUAUUUCAUUUUUGAUCCUACCAAAGGAAAAUUUCUAGAUUGGCCAAAGCGUUUCAACAUAAUUUGUGGAAUUGCUCGGGGGCUUAUGUAUCUUCAUCAAGAUUCUCGAUUGAGAAUUGUCCAUAGAGAUCUCAAAACAAGUAAUAUUUUAUUAGAUGAUACUUUGAAUCCUAAAAUAUCAGAUUUUGGAAUGGCUAGAACUUUCAGAGGAGAGGAUAUUGAAGGAAAUACAAGUAGAAUUGUUGGAACAUUUGGAUACAUGGCACCGGAGUAUGCAAUUGAUGGGCAAUUUUCUACAAAAUCUGAUGUCUUCAGCUUUGGUAUUUUACUAUUGGAGAUUAUAAGUGGGAAGAAAAAUAGAGGAAAUCAUCGUAGAAAUCAAUCUCGUAACCUUGUUAGUCGUGCAUGGAGAUUUUGGAAAACAGGCAUGACUUUACAAAUUAUUGACCCAAACAUAGAGGAUUCAUGUUUUGCAUAUGAAGUGUUGCGUUGUGUCCAUGUUGGACUCUUAUGUGUGCAAAAAUUCCCAGAAGAUCGACCUACAAUGACCUCAGUGGUUCUAAUGUUAGGGAGUGAGAUGGAAUUAGAUGAUCCUAAAGAGCCAGGUUUUUUUACGAAAAAUGAAUUUACUGAAGGAAAUUCAAGUUCAAGUGGGAAAGUUGAAAUGACAAUAACUUCAUUAAGUGCUCGUUCAAUGGACAGUGUUUAUUUUAUGAUUUUUGUUGCAUGUAUACUCGUUCCCUCUCUCAAUAUUUCCUCAGCAAUUAGUUCUCUGAGUGUGUCACAAUCUAUCAGUGACGGCAAUACCUUAGUGUCCAAUAGUGGAGCUUUUGAGUUUGGUUUCUUCAGCCCAGGUAGUUCUAAAAAACGUUACCUGGGGAUUUGGUUUCACAACAUUGCUGUUAUAGACGCUGUUUGGGUUGCAAACGCAGCAAACCCAGUUAAUGAUACCUCAGGCAACUUAACACUCAACAACACAGGCAAUCUUGUGCUGAGCCAAAAUGGUUCUGUUGUUUGGUAUACAAUUUCAACCUCUCAAAAAUAUGCACAGAAUCCAGUGCUAGAGCUUUUGGACAGUGGCAAUCUUGUGAUAAGAAAUGAAGGAGAACUAAACCAAGAAAACUUUUUGUGGCAAAGCUUUGAUUAUCCAUCUAAUACACUCUUGCCGGGGAUGAAGUUGGGAUGGGACCUUCGAACUGGUUUGGAACGGAAGAUAACGGCAUGGAAGAGUGAAGAUGAUCCCUCACCAGGAGAUCUUUCUUGGGGUCUAGUUCUCCAUAGAUAUCCAGAGUUUUAUGUGAUGAACCGAACAGAAAAGUACUGUCGCGUUGGACCGUGGAAUGGUGUUCAUUUCAGUGGCUUAGCACUUCAGGAAUCAAAUCCAUUCUAUGAGUUAAACUAUGUUUCUAAAAACGAUCCUAUGUAUGCGUCUAACAAGGCUGAGAUGUUCUACUCUUAUGCUGUCAAGAAUAUUUCUGUCGUUACCAGAGUCAAAAUAGUUAAAGACAGUUUUCAAACUCAAUUGUGGUUGGAGAGUCUAUCAAAAUGGAAUCUUUAUCAGAGCACCCCUAUUGAUCAGUGUGAUAUGUAUGGAGUCUGUGGAGCAUAUGGGAAUUGCAAUAUUGAAGAGUCACCACCUUGCCAGUGUUUGAAAGGGUUCAGUCCAAAGUCACCAAGAGAGUGGAAUGUAAUGAAAUGGAGUCAAGGAUGCAUCCGUGAUAAACCGUUAAGCUGCAAAGACAAUGGCACGGAUGAGUUUGUCAAAUAUCUAGGCUUGAAAGUUCCUGAUACUACACAAACUUGGCUGGAUGAGAAUAUUGAUUUAGAGGAAUGCAGAGUGAAGUGCUUGAAUAAUUGUUCUUGUAUGGCCUAUACUAGUUCAGACAUAAGAGGAGGAGGUAGUGGUUGUGUCAUGUGGUUUGAUGAUCUCAUUGACAUCAAACAGUUUCAAACUGGUGGGCAAGAUUUAUAUAUUCGAAUGUCUGCUUCGGAGUUAGGUAAAGAUUUUAUUGAUAUUUCUUAAUAAUUCCAUCAUUCUUCUCAAGGGAGAAAAAUAAUUGCUACCAUAAUUGGUGCAACAUGCGGGGUACUUUUAUUUUGCAUUUACGUCAUAUACAGAGUCAGAAGGAACAUUGCUGAUAAGUCAAACACAAAAGAUGACAUUGAAAGACAUCUAGAAGAUUUGGAUCUGCCAUUGUUUGAUCUGCUAACACUCACUGUGGCCACUAACAAUUUCUCGUUGAAUAAUAAGAUUGGACAAGGCGGUUUUGGACCUGUAUAUAAGGGAAAAUUACCAAAUGGACAAGAAAUAGCUGUUAAGAGACUUUCAAGUAGCUCUGGACAAGGAAUGGUCGAGUUCGCAACAGAAGUAAAACUGAUUGCAAAACUUCAGCACCGAAAUCUUGUGAAGCUUCUUGGUUGUUGCAUUCAAGGACGAGAAAAAUUACUAGUAUAUGAAUACAUGGUUAAUGGCAGCCUAGACUCCCUCAUAUUUGAUAAAGUGAAUGGUAAAUUGUUGGAUUGGCCGCAGCGUUUUCACAUAAUAUUUGGAGUUGCUAGGGGACUUUUGUAUCUUCAUCAAGAUUCUCGACUAAGGAUUAUUCAUAGGGAUCUCAAAGCCAGUAAUGUUUUACUCGAUGAGAAGUUAAAUGCAAAAAUAUCAGAUUUUGGAAUGGCUAGAGCUUUUGGAGGAGACCAGAUUGAAGGAAAUACAAAUAGAGUAGUUGGGACAUAUGGAUACAUGGCUCCAGAGUAUGCCGUUGAUGGGCUGUUUUCAAUCAAAUCUGACGUUUUCAGCUUUGGUAUUUUAUUGUUGGAGAUUAUAUGUGGGAACAAAAAUAGAGCCCUUUGUCAUGGAAACCAGACCCUUAAUCUUGUUGGUUAUGCAUGGACACUAUGGAAAGAGGGUAACACUUUACAAUUGAUAGACCUGAGCAUAAAGAACUCCUAUGUUGUCUCAGAAGUACUGCGCUGCAUCCAUGUUAGUCUCUUAUGCGUUCAACAAUACCCAGAUGAUAGGCCUACCAUGACCUCUGUAGUUCAGAUGUUAGGGAGUGAGAUGGAAUUGUUUGAGCCUAAAGAGCCUGGUUUCUUUCCAAGGAGAAUUUCUGAUGAAGGAAAUUUAAGCUCCAAUCAAAAUGAAAUGUCUUCAAAUGAUGAAUUAACUAUUACAUCUUUAAAUGGCCGGUGA